AGCAAAUAUGACUCAGAAACUGGCUCCUCAGGUUGUAACAUGCAAUGAUAUAUGGCUUGGGUCAUUACACGGUAAGCCGAUGCCUUUGUUCCUCUAGGUUGAUCUCUGUAGAAGGAACAAAUUGCUCUCUGCAUUGCUGAAAAGCACUCAGAGGUGUGUAAGGAAAAGCCUUGCCACAGCUUGGGCUUCUAGGGACCUUUCUCUCCGGAAAGAAGUUUGAUUUUAAUCAGAAAUAUCUGGAAGAUUUAAGAAGCCCUAGAAGCGAAGCAGGUCUGUGAAGGAGCAACAUGGGAAUCUUAUACUCUGAGCCCAUUUGCCAGGCAGCCUACCAGAACGACUUGGGUCAAGUGUGGCGCUGGGUAAGAGAAGACAACCACUAUGUCAACAUUCAAGAUGGCUUCAAUGGAGACACUCCUCUCAUCUGUGCUUGUAGGCGAGGGCACGUGAGAAUUGUUUCCUUCCUUUUGAAAAGGAAUGCUAAUGCCAACCUCAAAAACCAGAAAGGACGAACCUGCUUGCAUUAUGCUGUGAAGAAAAGAUUUACCUUCUUUGAUUAUCUACUCAUUGUCCUCUUGAUGCCUGUCCUGCUCAUUGGGUAUUUCCUCAUGGUAUCAAAGACAAAGCAGAACGAGGCUCUUGUACGAAUGCUUCUUGAUGCUGGUGUUGAGGUCAAUGCUACAGACUGUCACGGCUGCACUGCGCUGCACUACGCCUGCAGAAUGAAAAACCAGACUCUCAUACCCCUGCUUCUGGAGGCCCACGCAGAUCCUAUGAUAAAGGACAAGCAUGGUGAAAGCUCACUGGACAUUGCACAGAGACUAAAAUUUUCCCAGAUUGAGUUAAUGCUAAGGAAAGCAUCAUAAUCCUGUGACCUCACAAGUGGAGACACAGACAAAGUCAAAGGACUGGAUUCUGUUUCCAUCACGGACUGCUGGUCUGUGGGCCACCUAGCUUGGAUACCUCCAUUAUGGGACAAUCGUAGCUGCCAUGCUUAAUGUUUCUGAACAGCCUUUAUUUAUAAUCCUUUUUACUCCUUGGAGUUCACCAUCUAGAAGAAAUAUUAAAGUUAUUGGAGUCUCCAUCUGCGUCAAAAAUUGGUCUUUCAAAUUCAGGCUCUCCUGAAGAAAAGGAGCAGAGCUAUCUAAGAGAGAUUCUCUCUUUCCAGUCGUGUUAGGCUUAUAAAUUGUCCUGUCUACAUCAUAUGGAGGAGAAAACUCUGUUCCUUUCAGGUCCUGUUAAGUACAAAUAGGAGGAAUCCAAGUCUGUACAUUUGUAUAGAGUGGUACGCAUAUGUAUGAAGUUCAGAGGCUCCAAUGUAAGUAUGCCUUUGAUUAAACAAUUUGAAUAAAAACUUUUAUCAGUUA